AUGGCUUCUUCAGGUCCAAUACCGUUCCGUCCGGGCCCUGAUAGUGGGCUUCGGACGCCUACGCGACAAGGCUCGGUGGACGCUAGAAACGAGGUCCACGUCCAGAUGAACCAUUACAUUGGCAUCGACGUGGGCACGGGAAGUGCGCGGGCUUGUAUCAUUAACGAGGCCGGCGAUAUUGUCGGCCUGUCGUCGGAGAACAUUGGCCUCUGGCAACCUCAGACGGGAUACUAUGAACAAUCCACUACCGACAUCUGGCGCUGCAUCUGCCUCUCAGUCCACCGUGCCAUGACCCAGGGCAACAUCGACCCCCACUCGAUCCGGGGUAUCGGGUUCGACGCAACCUGCUCCUUGGCCGUCUUUACGCAUGACACAGACGAGCCUGUCUCCGUCACGGGGCCCAACUUUGACUCGUCACAAAACGACCACAACGUCGUUCUGUGGCUGGACCACCGCCCGGUCGAAGAAACCAAGAAGAUCAACGCCACCAAGCACAACUUGCUCAGAUAUGUCGGCGGCACCAUGUCCAUUGAGAUGGAGAUUCCCAAGGUCCUGUGGCUGAAGAACAACAUGCCCAAACAGCUGUUUGACCGGUGUAAGUUCUACGAUCUGACCGACGCGCUGGAGCACAUCGCCACGGGCAACGAGAACAGGAGCUUUUGCUCCGUCGUGUGCAAGCAGGGGUAUGUGCCCGUCGGGGUGGACGGAAGUGUCAAGGGGUGGCAGGAGGACUUUUUGAAGGAGAUCGGCCUGGAAGAUCUGGCUGAAGAUAAUUUCAAACGAAUGGGCGGUGUCAAUGGGGUGAACGGCGAAUACCUCUCCGCGGGCGAACUGGCCGGCCAUCUAUGCCCCCGCGCGGCCGCCGAGCUCGGCCUCCCCGCUGGCAUCGCGGUCGGCAGCGGCGUCAUCGACGCGUACGCAGGCUGGAUCGGCACCGUUGGCGCCAAGGUCCAACUCCCAUCCGACCAGCUCUCCCAAGAAGCCCCCGCGAACGACCAGUCCCAAGCUUUUACGCGCCUGGCCGCCGUGGCGGGGACGUCGACCUGUCACCUAGUGAUGAGUAAGGACCCCGUGUUCGUGCCGGGCGUGUGGGGGCCGUACAGGGACGCGGUGAUUCCGAACUACUGGAUAGCCGAAGGCGGGCAGUCGGCGACGGGGGAGCUGCUCAAGCACGUGCUGGAGACGCACCCAGCGUACAACCAGGCCCUGUCGCGCGCCGAGUCAACCAACAGCAACGUGUACGACUUUCUGAACCAGCACCUGCAGGACAUGAAGGAGAAGGCCGGCGCUCCCAGCGUGAGCUACCUGGGCCGACACUUCUUCUUCUACGGCGACCUGUUCGGCAACCGCUCACCGAUCGCGGACCCGACCAUGUCUGGGUCCGUGGUCGGGCUGUCCAGCGACAAGUCCCUCGACGGACUCGCGCUGUACUACUACGGCACGAUGGAGUUCAUCGCCUUGCAGACGCUGCAGAUCAUCGCGGCCAUGAACGGCGCGGGCCACCGCAUUAGCUCCAUCUUCAUGUCCGGCAGCCAGUGCCAAAACGACAUCCUCAUGUCCCUGGUCGCCACCGCCUGCGACAUGCCCGUCCUGAUCCCCCGCUACGUCCACGCUGCCGUCUGCCACGGCGCCGCCAUGCUCGGCGCCAAAGCCGCCAGCGCAGACCCCGCGACUGGCAAGACAGAGGAUCUAUGGAGCAUCAUGGACAGGAUGAGCAAGCCCGGCAAGGUCGUAAGGCCCUCUGACGACAAGAGCGUAAAGCGUCUGCUCGACGUCAAGUACAAGGUCUUCUUGGAGCAGUGCGAGAGGCAGCGAGUCUUUAGAAGGAUGGUGGAUGAAGUUACAAAUGAUGCUUCUUGA